UGAAGCGUUUCUCGCACGUGUACUUUUCGUUGAACCACGACUCGUUGCUAUCACAAAUACCGGCAGAUUAGCCUGGUGGAUUAGCCAGCUAGCUAGCUUGUCAUCGGUAAUUGAAGAUCAGUGCAGCUGUGCUCAUCGUUUUUAACGCUGUUUUUGACGAAAUAAGUUAGUGCACUAACUUUGUAAUAAACUUGUAAAAUCUGAUGAAGAGGACUUUGAGUGGGAGCCUCCGACAGAAGCGGAGAUGAAGGUGAUCCAGGCUCGCAGGGAACGACAGGACAAAAUCAGCAAGCUGAUGGGAGACUACCUGCUCAAAGGAUACAAGAUGCUGGGAGAGUGCUGCGACCUGUGUGGGAAUAUUCUUCUUCAGGAUAGACAGCAGAAGAACUACUGUGUUUCUUGUCAGGAGCUGGACUCUGAUAUUGACAAGGACAACCCUGCUUUAAAUGCACAGGCAGCGUUGUCCCAGGUGAGAGAGCGGCAGCUUGCAGCCCAGUCCCCUGCACCGACCCACGCCCAACUAAAUGACACCUCCAGCAACGGUCAGGCACAGUCAGUUCCUCAGCCAAGGCCUGAGCACUGUGAGGGGGCUGCUGCAGGAGGCAGAGCCCUCCAACCUCCACCUGCCCCUUCUCCUUCAGUCCCUCCAUCCACCACAGUCCUGCCACCGCCCCGUCCUCCAGCUUCUCCACCGAGCUCCACCCUCCGACCCGUGUUGCAAGAAGCUGAGGAAGCUGUUCUAACCAAACUUCGCUGGGCCACCACUCAGCUACAGAGUUCCACAUCCCUGGAGGCAAGUGCCCAGCUUUGUAACCUCAUUACCAGCUGUGCCACCUCGCUGCGCAGCCUCAAAGAGCUCAGCCAGUAACCACCAUGGACAGUCUGAAACCUUGGAGCAAUGGGAACGUUGUUUCUGCUUUCCUUCAUCUUGGAAUAUUGACAAUUGGAGUCCUUACAUAGAGCUGAAUUCAGUUAUGUCCAGAAAUUCCGCUUGAAAUGGCAUCAUCAGAAGUACAGUGCAGGUUACUCUUCAGCCACCAUGGCUGUAUGGCUGACUGAACUCCAUGUUAUCUGGCUUCUCUUCUUCUUUGUAACUUAUGUUAUUAUAAAAACCGACUACUACUAAACUCAGACUACAUUAUAACUGUUGGUGGUAAAUUUGAACUGGCCAUUAAAAGUAAGGUUUAGGGUAUAUUUUUUAGAUAAAUAAUAAUGAAUAAAGAUUAACACAUAGUUACUUGGUGUUACUUCAUCAGUAUUGGCCCCUAUGCACACAUGGGAAUUAAUUUUCUGUAGUAACAGUGUAGGUUUGCUAAUUCAAAUUUAAGCUGUAUUCCCUUUGUCGUGCACAAUGUUACAAUUCUGAAACAACAGCUGAAACAUUGAAGAACAACAAAGACAUCAGUUCAAGUGUGCGGCCUGUUGGUAUGUUAAACACACAAGUCUUCUAAUCUGACCCGUGUGAAUUUGGUGCCCGGACACGUUUUUGGUGUCUUUGGUGAUGCAAGGGUUGUCACUGUGUGUCUGCAUUUCUGAAGUUUUUAUUGUAAAUAGAUUUGAUGCAUGAAAGUGAUGAUGGUCAGGUGGGACUCCGUUAUUGUUCAUCAUUAAAAACGUCAUAAAUAGCCAGAAUCUCAUAUUUCAGAGACAAGCUGGGUUGUUUUUGAAGGGACACUUGAGUUUUCUAAUGAUGUUCCUGAAUAAAGCUUUACCGCUUCAACA